AUGAACAUCUUUAACAAAGCUAUUCGCCGCCGCCGCAAUCGGUCGGAUUAUGAUGUCGACCUAUUGAGUGCUACCUUCGGCCUCCCAUUUCUGCGUGGUAAUGGAUCUGGAAAUACCAGCGCUCGCCGUAUAGCAAUCGACUGCGUAUCCGAAUCUGAAUCUGAUUCCGAAUGCGGCGAUGGCAGUGAAGUCGGCUCCGAGGGCGUGUCUUCUUUGUCUUCUGAGGAUGAUCGAGGAGGGCGUGAGCAACGUGGCUAUGAUACACCCGAAAGAGUCUCUAUGUCCCGCCCACUUCCUCAUUCAUCUCCUCAUCCUUCCAAGAGAUCACCCAAGAGAAAGAAACACCACCGUCGACACCUCGCCAAGUCAUCACCUCGCUCAAGUACCCGGAAAUCAUCUCGUCGACGGGGAUCUCGCUCGAGUUCUCGAAGAUCGACCGCCGAGAUCAUGAACAGUCAGCAACAGCCUGUUUCUCAUGUAACGCCUUCUGCGACAUUUCCCCCUCAAUUUCCCCUUCCUUUGUCGAAGCAACAGUGUAAUAUUGUACAAUCUUCAUCAUUUCCUAUUCCUUCUUUGAGCCAGCCUCUCAGGGUCCCAGUAUGUCAACCUUUCCCUCAGCAACCAGUGUAUUAUCAUCACCAGAUCAACUACGUUCCGCACCAACCAUCUCCCCUGAUGCAAGUUCAUCCAGCUCAAUAUAUUGCGCCUAUUGCCCAGCCUGCCGCAGCACGAGCUCCUGUCUCAGAUCAGGCACCAGCGAUCUCCAUGCCUCCAGCAGGUUUCAGAAACAUCUUGAACUCAGCAGGGGAUGGGAGUAACCGCUACCAAAAGCCUGGCAAUCAGGGAGACACCAAGGCUUCCGGCCCGUUGACAAACGAAGUGCAACGCCUACAGAAGCAUAUUGAAGCCAAGAUGGCGGAUUUGGCCGAGGAGCCCAACAGCAGAAUCUUGCGUCGCGACCUCCGCCGCCUUCAAGACAGACUGAACCUUGCCCUCAACAAGGCUAUCACAGCGAGCAGAAAGUCUCACGCGAGACAAGUAUCGCUCUCCACUUUCAGCAGCUUUUCUCAACCGGCCCCUGAUAGUCAUAAAACUGCACAAGAAAAAGACUUUCAGCAGAGCCGGAAGCGAGAGCAAUGUGGCCAACGAGAUGUGAGUCCUCAGCGCAUCGAACGCCAUCACGUUUGCACGGAGUGUGGAAACACUCGGUCAGCGCUUUACCACAAGAGGUUUCCUGUUGGCCCAGGACCAUCCACUAAGAUUAAUCUCUGCGAAAGCUGCCGAGAGAUGGAAUACAAACGAGGUGUCAUUCGUCAAUACCACUUCUGUUCCAAUUGUGGAAGCGCGAGGUCCAAGGCAUUUCAUGCCCAGCACCCAGUCUUUCCGGGAGAGCCAAUCUUCACAAACUAUUGCGAUGCCUGUGUGCUGGAGUUCCACUACAAUGGAAGUCUGCCAGACGACUCUGUAAUUGGACUGGCCCCCAGACUGAAGGACCACAUAGCCAGGCGAGCUGCCAUUAAGAAGGAAGAUGACAUGGAUUCUCUGACUGUAAAUCGCCAUCGGAAUCGUAAGAAAGGAGAACGGAAUGUCUCCAUUGACCAGAACGAGGCCACCGAGUACGAGAAAGUGGCUUCUACAGUCGAGAAGGUCCGUGGAAGGUGUCCUGAACCACGAGAGGCCAGAGGCACUGUCAUUUCCCCGGAGUCUUCUUACUGUCCCUUGAGAAAUACAGGGUCUUCCGGCCGCCGAGCAGAGCGGAAGUCAUCGAGAGAAACCAACACUGAUCCUCCUCCUCCCCCUCAGAAGGAAAGCGAAAAGCGUCCUCGGAAUUACCAGGCACCAUAUGUUGAAGACUCGGUUUCGACGGCUCACUCUAAAGGAGAUAUGCACAUUAAUAGCCACGAAGGCGAAAUGGCUGGCCAGAAGUCUGCGAACAAGGUUUACGAGCCAUGGAAAACUCUUCCGCAUGACUUUGUCCUCAAGUCCGCAAUGGCCAGUGAUCGCUCGUCUUCAGACGGCUCCGGAAAAAUUCGAAAUGCCACAGAAAAAGAACCGUGUCGACAGCGCGGGAAGUCUCUUGACUCUGAACGAUCUGACCCGAGCUCCUCCAAGUCAUGCGGUAGUAAGACUGUGAGAUUCAAGAAGUCUGUUGAUGUUCGUACUCCCUUUACUUACGAGGGGAAUACUGAGUUCUCGGAGCCUGAGUCUCCCACCAGAAUGAGGCUGCCAGGAUCUCCUCUCAUCUCACGCCAGAAACCAUCAUAUUACAACAGCUAUUCUCCUGAAAGAAAGGCCACAGACAAGUACCUUCAUCCUCACUAUGGCCAAACUUCGAGGAAUAGUUCUGUACCCAAGCACGAAAACUUGCGGACACCAGACGACUUUCAGCCAGGAGCACCUUCGAAGGGCUACUCCCAGGGUGCUUUCAGCAAAGAUUUUGAUAACGGCGCAGACUGGGAUUCCUUUCGAAGUCCUGCGUACUCAUGCGUAGAGCAGUAUGCAGAUGACAGCCCCCUGCCUGAACGUCAUGAGACAGACGAAGGAUUCCAGGCGCCCAUCCCCAAGUUUCACGACUACAGCUACCAUGAUCAGUGUAUGGAGUCCACCGCCUCUCUCCCAUCCCGUACAUCUUCAGGGAGCGUGUUUUCGUCCUUCUUCAAGAAGAAAAAGAACAAGUCAUCUUCUGUUCCCCCAGGCGUUCGAGCAGGCUCAUACCCACCAAGUCACAACUUUAACGAGACUGCCAGAGACAAUUAG